CUGGUUCAUUGUGGUGAAGCGCAUUGGGAGCUGCUGGAUGAGUCUGUGUCCUUGCUCCCUCCAUCCCGUGCUAAUUUCCACUGGAUACAGUCACCGCAAACUCAGCACACAAAGCCACAACUUCAGGCUUACUAUUAUUAACCCCUGCCAGAGAGCAAAGGGUUAAAGCAAGAAGCAAUGCCGUCUGUGAUGGAGAAAUCCUCGGGCUCCUCAGUGAUUGUAGCUCGAAACAAAUCCAAAACAGACAGCAUGGAAAGCAAUUCAGAGGAAGACGGCAGCGAGGACGAGACUUCCAGGGAUAGUAUGAUCCGUGUGGGAUCUGAUUAUCAGGCUCAAAUUCCUGAAUAUAAAACAGAAAACGGUCAUUACAACAACACAGAGUUAAAUGGAAUGUUGGUUUGGUCUCCAAACAAUAUUGUGUCCGAUGCAAAGUUGGACGAAUACAUCACAAUGGCCAAGGAGAAGCAUGGAUAUAAUGUGGAACAGGCUCUUGGUAUGCUUCUUUGGCACAAACAUGACGUAGAGCGCUCACUUGCCGAUCUCGCAAACUUCACUCCGUUUCCUGAUGACUGGAGUGUGGAAGACAAAGUUCUUUUUGAGCAAGCUUUCAGUUUUCAUGGGAAGAGCUUCCAGCGCAUACAGCAAAUGCUCCCUGAUAAAAUUAUUCCAAGUCUGGUGAAAUAUUAUUACUCGUGGAAAAAGACUCGAAGCAGGACCAGCGUUAUGGACAGACAAGCUCGGCGCUUGCAAGCCAAGAAGGAGGAAGGGAACGAGGAGGCUGAUGAGCCGCACAAGAUAAGUGAAACAGAUCAAGACCACGCAGAGAUUAAAAAAGAGUCUCCAGAUGCCCAGAAGACUAGUGUGGGAGGCAAGCCAGGUCCAAUCAAGAAGGAACCCUCUGUCUCGCAGUACAGGCACCACCCUCUUCGGUCACGCCGGCGUCCCCCCAAAGGGAUGUUCCUCAGCAAAAGUGAUGUGGCUGCAGUAUGUACCAGUCCAGAGAUGCCAGGGUUAUCUUUGUGCCAACUGGACACACAGCUGGUCUCACUCAAACGCCAGGUACAAAAUAUUAAACAGCUCAAUAGCAGCUUAAAGCAGAGUCUGGAGGCAGGAAUCGCAGAAAUGAGACCCCCAGAAUUGAAUAUUAAGCUGAAUUCUCGCUGGACCACAGACGAACAGCUGCUGGCUGUGCAAGCUGUGAGACGAUAUGGAAAGGAUUUCCAGGCAAUCUCGGAGGUGCUGGGUAAUAAGACACCAUCCCAAGUGAAAACUUUUUUCAUCAGUUACCGCAGACGCUUUAACUUGGAGGAAGUGCUACAAGAAUGGGAGGCAGAGCAGGAACAUUCCCAACCUACAGUUCCUACUGACACUGUCCGGAAGACUUCUACCUCCUCGCAGUCUACCAGUGAGGAAGAUGAUGAGGUGCAAAUCACAUCAGUUUCAUCAUCCUCUCAGACUGCUCCACCAGCAGCUGCCUUGUCCCUUCCACCCCCACUUCUGCGUCCAGCCCUGCCUUCCGCCCCUACGCUUCAUCGCCAGCCACCUCCACUCCAGCCAGGACGUCUCCUUCAGCCUCGUCCUCCUCCCCUUGUCCGACCCUCUCCCCGGCAGAGCCCCCGUGCGCCCCCCGCACUGGUGGGAAAUCAUGUAGAAUCCGCUCUAUCAUGAAGAAAUAUGAAGGGAAGUGGACACGGGGUAUUUAUUAGAGGGUGCAGUUAAAAGCAACAUAUUUAAUAACUUGGCAUCUGAUGUGCAUUGCUCAAAAUGGGAAACCAGAGACUUAUCGUAAUGACACAGAGCAAUGAUUGUUCGGACGAUGUAAUGCAACCUGCAUAGACUGAUUUGAGCCUUGUGUAUUUUCCUACAGACAGGUGCAUAAUGACUCACCCAUAGAGCAGCUUGUGUGUUUUUUUUGUUUUCCACUUGCUAACACAGCAGCUUUCUCUUUUAUGGGUGCCCCAAUCUGUGUAGGUUGGUAUUAAGGGUCUGCAGUUUAUUGGCGCAGAAGGAAAGAUAUGAAUUAUUAAAACUGUUCCUACUGCAUAGAACAUUUAUACAAUAUCUAUUUGGUGGAGGGGUGGCAUGUGGAAUGCUCUGUCUCCUGUUAGAUCAGGAGUGGCUCUUCAGUUGCCUUUAAUAAGCCUGGAAAUUUAAACAUUUUUUUUUUUUCAUAUUGUGGCUCAAUUAAAUUCACCAGACACCAGUUGGCAAAAUAUGUCCAUUUAGGGAUGUUUGCCCAUAGGGCAGUAGGUCAUGCGUUCUCGCCAGCUGCUCGCCCAUGAUCUAGUCACCUUUGAAUUAUGCUCAUAUUAGCUCUUUGUUCACUGCAAGCCUAUAGAUGGCUUAAUGCUUUUUUUUACUUUACAAUGCCCACAUUGUAUGUCAAAGUGAGGGGACGCCCAUGAUUAGACUGUAAGGGGCAUAAAUACAUUGUAUAUACCAGCGCUGUCAUUUUUGAUUUAGCUAUAAAAACUCUAUUUACGAUUGACAUGCUCUUUGGUGUUUUUUGGAGAGCUCUGUAAGGACUGCUGGCUCGUAUUUUCCCAUUGCCCUCAGAAGGCGCUCUUCUACAUAGUAUGGCCAUCCUGGAAUCCAUACUGGGGUAUGCAACACUUACAAUAGCAAAGCUAGUUGUGUUGAUAAAGACAAUUGUCACUACACUGAAAUAGUUUAAAUGUUACUGGACCUAAGGAACUUUUAAAUGGCUUUCUCUUCUUCAAUACCUGAUUGGCACCAAGAUUAUUAGGGUGGCAUUUUUUUGUUUUAAACAUAAGAAUGUUGCUGUUUGACUGUGCUGUGUGGCUGAUAUGGAGAUAAUUCCAAUGGUGGGAUUAAGUCUCCAGUGAUGUAAUAGUGACUUUUAAACUCUGUUUAUAGUUAAUAAACUGUUUUUUUUUUUUCUUA